AUGCCGACUACGACAGUCUCGACUUCGACAGUCUCCCUGUUCGCGCCUGGCGUCGAUCAGAUGAUCAGCAGCCUCGAGCGUGCCAUGACCAAGCUCGACGGCGACGUCUCGAUUCGAUUCGCGCCCACUCCGCUUGCCACCACUACCGCGCCAGACGGUGCCGCUGCGACAGUCUGGAACGUACGCGCACACGAAUACGCCUCGAUCAACGGCCACAAGACACAGAUUGUUGAGGACCAAAAGUUCCUCGAGUCGCACAACUACUUUGCCGCCAAGGACCAGUCGGGUGCCCACCUGGAAUGCCAUUUCGACCACAUCAAUGCUCCUGCCACCUGCAUCAACCGUCAACCCAAACACCACCACACGGUCACCAGCACGUUUAAACACGCACGCCCGUUUGCUACCGCCUUUCACAAACACGUCGUCAAGCACAAAACGACGAGCAGCUCGACAUCGCUGGCAACAACAGCGAGCCAGCUGACGCAGUCGGCAGCAGCCGCAGCACUCGCCGUGCAGACCACAGCGCCAUCCGUGCAGGUUCAGAGCAGCGGCGAUGCGGCAACGGGGAGCUCGGCAGGUGCGAAUUCGAGGAUGAACUCGACCUCAGGCUCGGCAAAGAAGGCCAAGUCGCUGCCUGUGCUUCUUGUCACCGCAGGCGUGCUCUUCACCGCCGUGCUCGCUUUCCAGCCCUGA